CUAAAUAUGUGGCUGUGAUUCAUCUUACUCAAGACGACAGCGUUUUAAACUCCUUUGGACAUUGGUCUUACUUGCCACGUGUCACAUCUUCUCUAUCGAGUACAAACCGCAAGUGAAACAGAGUAACAGAGACGCGUCGUCUUCAACGAUGCUCUCAACGGUGACGGCGACGGCGGUUUCUCGACCGAUUCUGAAGGUGGAAUGUACAAUCAAAAGGACGUUUAAAGUGACGGCGGAGAAGUUUCCGACGUUUCUGCCGACCGAUGUCGAGAAAAUUAAAGACACGUUUGCUCUAAAGCUCGCCGCCAGAAUAGAGAGGCUUCCUGUAUCUGUGAGCUUCAGGGAAGAUAGUAUUAUGAGCAGUUGCGUGACACCGCUGAUGCGGAACGAGACAACUCCUGUUGUGCUUCUUCACGGAUUUGAUAGUUCUUGUUUAGAGUGGAGAUACACUUAUCCGUUGCUUGAAGAAGCCGGUUUAGAAACAUGGGCAUUUGAUAUCCUUGGUUGGGGUUUUUCUGAUUUAGACAAACUUCCACCUUGUGAUGUAGCGUCGAAAAGAGAGCACUUUUACAAGUUUUGGAAGUCUCAUAUUAAAAGGCCUGUGGUUUUGGUUGGUCCGAGCCUCGGUGCUGCUGUCGCAAUUGACAUUGCGGUCAACCAUCCAGAAGCGGUUGAGUCCUUGGUUUUAAUGGACGCAAGCGUUUACGCAGAAGGUACUGGAAACUUGGCAACGUUACCUAAAGCAGCAGCUUAUGCUGGGGUGUAUCUUCUAAAGAGUAUUCCAUUACGGUUAUACGUUAACUUCAUAUGUUUCAAUGGUAUCUCAUUGGAAACUAGUUGGGACUGGACAAAGAUUGGUCGCUUGCAUUGUCUAUAUCCUUGGUGGGAAGAUGCAACUGUUAGUUUUAUGACUAGCGGAGGAUACAACGUAACUUCUCUUAUAAAAAAGGUUUCACAGAAGACAUUGAUACUAUGGGGAGAGGAUGACCAAAUCAUUAGCAACAAGCUCGCUUGGAGACUGCACGGAGAAUUAUCGAAUGCACGUGUCAAACAAAUAUCUAACUGUGGACAUCUUCCCCAUGUCGAAAAGCCGGCUGCUGUCACUAAACUUAUAGCAGAGUUUGUUAGAGAGACUUGCCGGUGUAAAGAGGUUGAAAGUAUAUCUUAGACCCUUGGGGGCCAUUAUUGAAGCUGUGUUUCAUACCAAUACCAAAAUCUUACUUGUUAAAUCGUAUAUAGUUGAUACUUCACUUCUUUCAUGGUUUGGUUGGUCUUUUUUUGAAUAAAUAAACCACACCAAACAUCUCUCUGUUUUGUAACUUGUAUGAUUGAUUUGUUGUAUGUAACUUAAAAACAAAAACAGAGUGUGAAAACAGAGGAGAUGACCAAACUUGAAGCCCCACUGGAUUUGGAAUGUCAAUCAUCGAUAUGUCUUUAAUGAAAAUGUUUUUGUCAACCUAA